AUGCUUUUAUCAUGUGGGGAAAAUGGAAAGAGGAUUUGUGUCACUACCGCUUUUGAAAAUUUUGAGCAGAGGAAUCAUUCUUCCACUGAAAUCUUUAUUGAUAAAUUCCUCUUUGAGGUAUUCAAGCGUCUACCCAGUGGCAGUGAGACAAGUGCUUAUGCUUGUGUUUCUAAGCGAUGGCUCACACUUUUAAGCAGUGUUCACAAGGAUGAGAUCACAGAAUCUAAGAGAUAUCUUGCCAGGUCCCUUGUUGGUAGGAAAGUCACAGUUUCCAGACUUGCUGCUAUUGCCAUUAGAACUUCAAAACAUGGAGGUUUAGCAAAGAUAUCUAUUCGGGGAAACAACGUUUGUCGUGGUGUGACUGAUGUUGGUUUCAAGGAUAUUUCUCGAGGUUUCCCUACGCUCAGAGAACUUUCCUUGUGGAAUGUGUCUUCUGUUGGUGAUGAAAGUUUAUCUGAGAUUGUCCAUGGAUGUCAUUUGUUAGAGAAACUUGAUCUUUUCCAAUGCCCAAGAAAUAGAGGUCCGAAUGGUUCUACUAGUCUGGAGCAUAGGAGUCCUGAUGUUGUGAAUAAGAGUCGAAUGAUGAAUUCAUCUAUGACACACCCUUGUGAUCAUGCUCUAGUUCCUUCCCAGAAGGGAGGUUUUGACAUCUUAGGUGUUUUGGAAAUUUUACCUGGGAUGCUCAAUAGUUGUAUCCAGGCUCAUCCUCUUUCUAGAGUUAGACGUAAGGUGUAUGAGUUCUCAGGUUUUGUGCCUGAUACUCUUGAAUUUGAACUUGUUCCCCAUGGAGAUAUUUGGGAAAGUCUAUUUAACAACCAUAUUCCUAGUAAAGAAGAUAUAGGACUGUAUUUUUUUGCAAGUGAGAAAAAAAGGUUUGAGAGAUAUAUUGCUCUAGUGAAGUUCAUGCGUAGCAAAGAUUUGCUAAUGAGAAUGCUUAUAAAUGACGUUGAGCUCUUUAUACUUGUAUCCACAGCCCUGUGCAGUGAUUCUCAAAGUACGUUGUACAUUUACCUGUGUAUGCAGAUUAUUAUGCCUUUUGAAAGUGGGGAUACUUGUUUGGUUUCAUUUGUGCAUCAAGGUUUUUGCUCUAUAACAGAUUGUCCAAAAGAAGUUGUUAAAGAUAUUGCAUGCUGGGAUAUUAUGUUGAUGCACCAAUGGAUUGGUGUUGUGAAGAAUGUGAUAUUGGCAAAGGGAUAA